AUGCGCUUGUCACUCUGGGUGGUCUCCCUCGCAGCUUUCGGAUUGCUCGAAGCCAGCGCCACGAGCGUGCCGAAUGUCAUCGCGUACUACCACUCGACCAGCUGCGACGCCACCCCGAACCGAGUCGACCUGGAGUUCAAUAGUGAUUGUAAUUCUCAAUGUCUCGAGAAUCUCGACGGCGACUGGAAAGCUUGGAACUACAUUUGCCCCCUCGGAGACUACAAGAAGGCGGUGUGGGACGCGUUCGGAGGAGCUUCGUAUAUCCUGCAGGAAGCGUACAUCGGCGGCUGCGAUUCGAGGGCCGGGGGGGCGUGCGCCUUCCUCGCUUCGGGCAAGUGCGAGCAAGUGAUCAUGUUCAUCAAAGACUGGGACUAUGCCGUCUACUCCAUCGCGCAGCUCGAGUCCGACGGCUCGGCGUCCGUCAAAUACUUCACGGAGAGCGACUGUAGCACGGCGUUGGCCGAGGCUCGACCGUUGACCCCGUACAUCACGGCACAAGACACAACCAUCGACAAGGCCACGCUGAAUUCUGACAGCUGCGACGGAGACGACUACCGGUGGUCGUACUAUAGCUCCUCCUCGCCCUACACUCCCGACACGGGCUCUGCUAGCUCUGGCAGCACUUCAAAACCGGCGGACGACGGAUCCAGCAGCAGCAAGGAGGACUCUACUGCCGACAGCGGCUCCGGUAGUAGUACGAAGUCUACAUCAAGUGACUCUGGCACCAGCAAAGGUGACUCAAAGGAGAGUAGUGCGGCCAGCUCUACUGGUUCUACUCCCGACGAAGACAGUAGCGCUCUACCGACCGCUUCAAACAGCAACAGCAGCACAAUCGACAGCAGCAUCGCCAAGAAAAUCACCAGAAUCCGCGAUGCUUCGGGCCAGGCCUCCACCGACGGGACGAGUACGAAAGUGGCGCAGUCUUCCGGAGCUUUCACGUCUGGUAACACGUUGGGGAUCAUCGCAGGCGCUGCAGGGGCGCUCUUUAUCGUCGUGAUCGUCGUCUUGGGCUUGAUUCUGUAUCGUCGGCGCUCGGAUAAGGCGCAAAAGGGUCGUCUACCUGACGGUCGCCAAAGCGAAUACGCGCUCCAAAACACGCCGUCGAGUGACCAACAGAACUGA